AUCAUACAAACGUGUUUUUCUCAUCAGCUGUUGUGGUUGUGCAUCUUUCAGCGUUAAUCAGGUGCUUGGCACUGGGAUAUUAACGAUCAAAUUAACUCGCUUGUUGGUUUAUCAACUGUUUCAGACGAUAAUGGAAAAAUCAGGGGGUGAUACAGAUUCGAAAUCUGCCCAGGAUCUUACUGCAGUGGUUCAGACGUUACUGCAACAGAUGCAAGACAAGUUCCAGACUAUGUCCGAUCAAAUCAUCGGCAGAAUUGAUGAGAUGAGCACACGCAUUGAUGACCUGGAGAAGAACAUUGCUGAUC